AUGUCGUCCUGUGUUGAUCUCUGCUCUCAGCAGCAGUUGUGUCCCAGCAAACGAGGAUUCAGUGUCCGAUCCUUUGGAACAGGGACUCAUGUGAAACUGCCAGGACCAGCACCGGACAAGCCAAAUGUUUACGAUUUCAAAACAACAUAUGAUCAGAUGUACAAUGAUCUCCUUAGGAAAGACAAAGAACUAUACACACAGAAUGGGAUUUUACACAUGUUGGACAGAAAUAAGAGAAUCAAGCCACGACCAGAAAGAUUCCAGAACUGCAAAGAUGUUUUUGAUUUGAUCCUAACGUGUGAAGAAAGAGUCUAUGAUCAAGUAGUAGAAGAUUUAAAUUCCAGAGAGCAGGAGACAUGUCAGCCAGUACAUGUGAUCAAUGUGGACAUUCAGGAUAACCAUGAGGAGGCAACCCUGGGUGCUUUCCUUAUCUGUGAGCUCUGCCAGUGUAUACAGCACACAGAAGACAUGGAAAAUGAAAUAGAUGAGCUGUUACAGGAAUUUGAAGAGAAAAGUGGAAGGACUUUUCUUCAUACUGUCUGCUUUUAUUAAAGCACAUUUGUCUCUUAGGCCUUAAUACAGAUGAGGGAAGCAUGUGUUAAAAGUUCUGAUUAUACUGUAUUUUCCUGGAAAAUGAAUAUUGAUCUUUUUUUUUUGUUUAAAAAACUCCUUUUCAGUGUCUUUUUGUUUUGUUUCAGGUAUUCUGUCACAGGUAGGCAGAGAUACUGGUUGGGGUUGUACAUAUGAGAUGAUUAAAAGUAUACACAAAGGCCACGUAUUUAAAAAUGAAAAUCAAGAUUUUCUUUAAAUCCUACUUUAAUUAUUACAAGUAGGUUUUUAAUUAUAAAGAGAAUGUUUCUUGAAUAUAAGUUUAUAAUGUAUUUUUCCAGCUUACAAAUUUAUUUUAUUUCAGUUGUGCUUUUUUUUUUUUAUUUUAAUGUGACAGAAUGGCUGAACUAUGUGAGGAUAUGAAUGGAACAAUGCAAAACGAGUAUCUGUAUAUUAUUAGAUAUAAAGUUGGAAGCAUCCAAUAAAA